UGUCUCAAACGGAACGCCGUAGUGCAUUUUUAAAACAUAAGGAAUAUAUAUUUCACAUAUAUUGCAUAUUGUGAUAUUCCAAUUUUGUUAUAUCAUAUUCAUUGCCUUUUUAAACAAUCAUUUUGCUCGUUUUGUAGUUUGUAAUGUAUCAAGACGGAUAAGGCGCUGUCCAUGUAAUUUUGUAAACGAAUAAAAUAUAAAUGAUAUAAUUCCGUAUGGGAGGAAAUCAGGCUAAAGGAUUAAGUAAACGUGAACUAUGCAAGUUACAAAAACAAGUGAAUAUGCCAGUGGAGGAGAUUCAACAAUGGCACAGAGAUUUCAAGAAGAACGCUAAGAAUGGCCGUUAUUUGAAAAGAGAACAGUUUAGGGAGGUUUAUACGGAUAUGUUCGGCUCUGGUGCCUUAGACUUCGCUGAUAAUGUAUUCCGAACAUUUGAUAGAGAUGGAAACGGAUGUGUUGAUUUUGAGGAGUUCAUUUUAGGAAUUUAUAUGUCAUCAUCAAACGAUAUAGACUUGAAACUGAAAUGGGCUUUCAAUAUGUACGAUAUGGAUGGAAAUGGUUCAAUCGACAAACACGAACUAUUUUCUAUCAUUAAUUGCUCGUUUAAUAUGCAUGGGGAAGAAAAUGGCGAAAACCCCGAAGAACUUACUGAGAGUCUUUUCCGCGAGAUGGACACAGACGGGAACGGUGAAAUAUCAUGGGAGGAAUUUUACACGACUGCAUGUAAAGAUAAAAGGGUGUUGCAGCUAUUACAUAUGUGAUAAAGUUACUUUAGUGGGGAUAUUUAAAAAGUAAAAUGUGAUAAAUCACACUCCGUUCUUUUUUACAAACACUAUUCUAUUUCAACAGAAGUAACUGUAUAUAUUUAGUUAUAAAGUUAUCAGUAAAUAUAUGAAAUAAGUCAGUUCGUUUAUUUUAUGACGUUUGCGGGCAUAACAUCAAAUAUAAUUAUAUUUCUAUAUGUUUCAGAUAUUACAAGUUUAAUUUACUAGACUUAUUAGGCAAUAUCCCAAGGCUUGAAACAUAGAUAAACGAUUAGAAAAUUGCACUAAUUCGAUUUCAAAAUGAUUAACGCUGAAGCCUUUACAGGUCAAUGUUUAAGAUAUCACUUGCAUAUUAGAGUUUACUCCCUUAGAAAGUGACUGCCUUAGUGCUUGCUUGUCGUGCUUAAAUGAACACAAGAUGAAGAUUCCAUUUACAACGAUGAUAAGUUUCCGUAUCAUGCCGUU